UGUUGAUCUUUGAGAUAUCCACUAACGAGAGCGUACAGAUCGACCAGAUCACCCCGGCUGUCGGCAUGAACAUAUCAAUAUUAGCAUCUCUCCGUUAGCCUCCCUAGUUGUUUUCGGCUGUUAGCCAUUCGAAUGAUUUUUAUCUCAAUAUUGAUGAAUUUAAGGUGUCUCCUUUUCCGGCAUUGCACUUCUUUUGUAACUUCAUUAACAGCGUCUCCCCGUGUGUUACAGAGCGGACACGCUUACACAAAGCACGGAUACGGGCCGACAUGGAGUUUGCCUGACGGUAUUGGGCUGCUGCUUACCGCAAACACCUACCUACAUUAUCGCCAGCAUGAAGAGCAAACGCCGGGGAACAGGCCUUCUGCCAGCAAAGUCAGCCAGCAAGCCAGGACCGAAGCCGGGUCUCCGCUCACGGUCCGGGCCGUUAACGGGCAUAUCCGGCGAUGCUCCACCCCGAUAGCCGGCCGCUGGCCCGAGCAUCCCGGCAUUUAGAAAUUGCUGGAAAGCUCGAACUUUCUCUCCACACCCUUCCUCAAUUGUUCUCCCUUACGUCACAGACACGGCAUCCCGCGGUCGUGUGCACGUUGCACGGCAGGAGAACUGACCGCAACGUCGCAAUGUGGUACGAUGGAAUCGCGAGGGU